AUGAGAAGGCAGCUGCUACCUGUGACAGGAGUCCCCCUGCUGACAUCGCUGUCUUUCCUCUGCCCUCCCUCCACCUUGAGGCUGAAACCCUCGGCUGAUGGGGGUGUGAGGAUGCACGAAGAGGGUCCCAGCAUCACCCGAGGGACCGCGGGGCGCGGCGCCUCUCCCUGCCUGGGGGUUCGCCCGAAGCUGCCCACCGCGUUCAUCCCUCCACGCUCGUCCCUAGCAGAAGGAGGCAUCCAGGUGACAGGACAGCUGCCUUUGAGGAGCCAGGCUCUCCAGCUAACAAUGCUCUGUUUCUGUCAGGACAGCAGUGAGGCAGCAGAUGGAGCUGGUGCCUGGGAUGAAGAAGUCACCAAGUGGUGGGGAGAGUGGAGCUCCUGGUCCACCUGCUCGCGGUCCUGCGGAGGGGGCGUGAUGUCCCGGGAGAGGCACUGCCUGCGACAGAGGCUCCAGAUGCCCCAGGGAACAAACAGCACCAUGUGUGUUGGUCAAGCCAAGCACUACCAGCUGUGCCAGCAGCAGCCCUGCCCAGCCAACACAGCAAGCUUCAAACAGCAGCAGUGCUCCAGUUUCAAUGCCAAAGCCUUUGGGAAGCGCUAUUACCACUGGAUGCCCCUCUACCCAGAUGACUACACCAGUAUCUCCAACAAGCCGUGUGACCUCCAGUGCACCACCCGGAGUGGAGAGAGGCAGCUGAUGGCCCGAGCACAGGAUGGCACCUCCUGCAAGGACAGGACCUAUCAAGGGGUCUGCAUCAAUGGGAAGUGUGAGCCAGUGGGGUGCGACGGGAGGCUGUACUCGCCCCGGACGAUGGACAGAUGCAGGGUGUGUGGAGGGGACGGCAGCACUUGCCACCGUGUCUCGGGCACCUUCCGAAGGGCAAUCUCACAGAUAGGUUACGUGUUCAUCACCAACAUCCCUGCUGGUGCCACGGACAUCCUCAUCAUUGAGCGCAGGAAAACAGAGAACAUCCUGGCACUUGCAGAUGAAUCCGGGCAUUUCUUCUUCAAUGGCAACUCCGGCAUUGACAACCCUCAGAACUUCAGGGUAGCUGGCACCAUCUUCAAGUACCGGCGGCCCUCGAGCCUGACCUCGGAUGGGCUGGAGUAUAUCAUAGCCCAUGGGCCCACUAACCAGUCUCUGAAUGCCAUGUACUAUAACUUUAAUGGGAAAAUGCCUCACAUAACUUAUGACUACACUGUCCCACGGACACCGCCUCUCCGAACUGCAGCCCCUGCUCUUGCCAGGCCUCUCUACCACCACCUACCAGAAACCAGCCAGAGCCAUCCCAUUCCAGCCAACUCCAGAGCUGCCCAGGACUCCAAUGCCACAUGGCUCUCCCUGUCACCAGAUGACACCAGUGAACAGCUUCCUCUAAGGGAAGGGCAAGAAGAUUUAGACUUUGGCCCCCCGCACUUCUUCCAGACCAACUCUACCAGUCAGACCCAGGACUGGGGCUGGGAACAAAGUGAAGAGAAGAAGUAUGACUUUCAGAUCAGACAGGUCUACCAUGCAAACACAGCAGGAGAGGAAGAGGAGGAGGAAGCAGCAGCAGUUGGUGAAGAAACAGAGUUGGCUGUCAGGUUCAACCAGAUCUCCAUCAGCACGGCCGUGCCCUACAGCAGGAGGAGAGCCGAGCUGUCGGAGAGCAGCCGUGUGACAUCCUCCAGGCUCCGUCUCCUCAGGCGCCUCUGCCACCGGGACCCUCACAACGCUGCCUUUUGCAGGGAGCUGCGGCCCCUGGCAGCCAGGCUGGCCCCCAGGAACUCCACAGCAGGGCUCUGGCCCCGCUGGCCACAGGGCCUCCACAGAGCCCUGGCUCGCAAGAACUCGCUGGAGGACCUGAAGGUGGAGGCGUUUGCUGGGAGUCAGGGGGCAGCAGCCAACUCCAGCGUGAUGGCAUCCGUGGAGAGCCCUCUGCUCGGGGCCAGCCCGAGCACCAACAUCAGCCAGGCAGAGCCUCUGCGAGCCCCUGGCACCGAAAGCAAUGAGUUCGACGUGAGCCCCGUGGACCAUGAUGACAUCAGCUUGGCUGACAUGUAUCGGUGGAAAGUCUCAGCUUAUGCCCCCUGCAGCUCCACCUGCACUUCAGGUAUCAGCACCUCCUAUGCGAUGUGCGUGCGCUAUGAUGGAGUGGAAGUGGAUGAAUCCUACUGUGAUGCCCUGACCCGACCAGAACCUACUCACGAAUUUUGCACAGGGAGAGACUGCCAGCCUAGGUGGGAGACCAGCCGGUGGAGCGAGUGCUCCCGGACCUGCGGCGAGGGCUUCCAGUACCGCACCGUGCGCUGCUGGAAGAUGCUGGCGCCGGGCUUCGACAGCUCCGUCUACGACGAGCUCUGCGAGGCAGCGGGGCUGGCCAGGCCCAUGGAGAGGAAAGCCUGCAAGAACAAGGCCUGUGGGCCCCAGUGGGAGCUCUCCGAGUGGUCUGAGUGCUCGGCGCGGUGCGGCACGCCGGGGACCAUGAAGCGGGAGGUGCGCUGCUCGGUGGAAGCUCCCCUGUGCGACGAGUCCCGCAAGCCCAGCAGCGAGAAGCCGUGCGCGGGCCCGCCCUGCGACCGCCGCUGGACCGCCUCCAACUGGGGCCCCUGCUCAGGUUCGUGUGGAGAGGGACGCAUGAGCCGCUUCAUCGCGUGUCGCAACCUGGAGGGCAAGGUGAUCUCCAGCUCGCAGUGUGACCUGGCCACCAAGCCCCUGGCUGUCCACCCGUGUGGAGACAAGAACUGCCCCGCACACUGGGUGGAGCAGGAGUGGGAGCAGUGCGAUGCCAGCUGUGGGCGAGGGAUGAAGACCCGGCUGGUGCUGUGCGUGGGCCUGGAGAACGGGCUGUACAGAGAGUACCCUGAGAAACGCUGCCAGACCUCUCCAAAACCUGAGCAACAAGCUGCCUGUUUCAGGAGGCCGUGUUCAACGUGGUUCACCACCUCCUGGUCCCAGUGCAGCAAGACGUGUGGAGCUGGCGUGCGACUGCGGGAGGUGAAGUGCUACCAGGGGGAAGCACUGGCUCAGGGCUGUGACCCCUCUGCCAAACCAGAGGCCAGGCAGACGUGCCAGCUCCAGCCGUGCCCCACGGAGGCACCAGAAGAUGCCUGUGAAGACAAAGCGACGGCCAACUGUGUGCUGGUGCUGAAGGUGAAGCUGUGCUCGCACUGGUACUACAGGAAGGCCUGCUGCUGGUCCUGUCGCCUCAAGUCACCCUGAGCGCUGCCAGGCCAAACUUUCCUUCCAAGUUCAGGGGCAGCAGCCCCCUUGAGCCAGACUUUCCACUUGAAGCCACCCCACUUGGCUUGGCUGUGGAGCCAGUCCCUGUAGAGCAGCCUGCUCAGCGAGGAAGGGUUCCUACGACUUAGUCAUCACUGUUCCCUCUCCACUGAGAGGGUUUCACACACGACAAACCAUCAGUGCCUAGAAAGCUACUGAGGAGUGAGUUGGGAGAGCCUGUCCCUGCUGCCACCGUCUCUCAGGGUGCCGAGGCCAGCUGCGGCAGGGCAGGGACAGCAGCAUCCCUCUGCUCUGCCCUGCAGGCUUCCUACUACAAGGGCAACUGCCAAAACACACCGAAAAAUUGUGUCACAAUAAA